AUAACAGAAGACGCUUUUAUUCAAACGUUUUACCAACCUUGACCAAAUGGCGGCAAAUUUUGAUGACUGGAGAUAGAACAGUCAACUUAUUAUCGAAAAUUCGCAUCUUUGUCAGUAAAAGACAACUGCAAGAGGGAAAACAAUACGUAUACCAGAUAGAAAUAGACCAAUUGACAUGCAAAACUCGAGAAAAGAAUAGAACCACUUCAAUAUGUUUGGUAGAUUAAUGUCCAAAGUAUUUGGGAUUGAAAAGAAAACAGAUGAAAGUUCUUCAAAAGAAAGAAGGCAUUCAUUUGAAGAUACAAGCCCACGUAAACAUCAUACAAGGUCAAAAGGGAAGAGAAGGUCCACUCCAGAAGCAAAAAGACAAAGAAGUGAGGAACCUCCACUUGCUUUUUCAAAUGUAAAAAUUGAAGAAGGAGCUUCAAAGGGAGAUAACUCUGUAGAUCGUAGUCCUGACUCUGAAAAGUCAUCAUGGAUAAAUGUGGAAAUAAAACCACCCUCAGUUAACCUACAAGAAUGUAGUACAAUCACAGGUAUUGAUGACACAGUGUGUUGUUCUGUAUUGGAUGAAACCUUAUCCACCGCAAGAUGUACCAGUCAUGGAGCAGAAGCAUUCCACAGGGAUUAUUGUGAACUGUUUUAUGCAUUUCAUCCUUCAGUGUUAUGUCUUUUUGGACAAUAUUUGUGA